AUGUCUACCUGUUCCGUUCAAGACCUGGCAGCACUUUCUGCUACCAGGGGUUCACACCUGCUGUUUGAUACGUGCGCACCAAGUUGUCCUGAAAAAGCUGACGUCUGCGAUGGAGACGGAAACGAUGUAUUUACAGAGAUUGUAUUCCCCACGGGGUAUGAUGAUCUGGAUACAGGAGAGGACAUCUGGAACUCCACAGAUCUAAGCCUGGAUGAGAAAAGAGACUUGGUGGCACUUCUACAGAGCAAGAACCGCCAGAUGAAGAUCAAUGCUGAUCUGCAGGAGGCUUUCAAUGCACGUGAGGACUCAAAUGAUGACCUGGAAAUUCAAAACAUUGCUCUCAAGGACCACAUCAAAAGUUUGAAUCAGUCUGUUCUGGAUAGAGAACAAUUAGUGCAUGAAAUGGAUGAUAUUCAUGCUGCACUUGCUGAGAAGGAGAGGGACACUAACAGCCUUACAGCCAGCAUCAGAAAGCUGGAAAAAGAGAAAAAAGCCAUGACUGACCAGAUUACAUCCAUCAACAAUGAGAUGUCUGAUAUUUUGCCAAAGAGAGAAACGGACAAGAAAAAGAUAACUGAUAUGAGUCAAGUGGUUCAGGCUUUCGAGCAAGCGAUCGAGGAGGUGAGAGUGCAGCUUGCUGAAACAGAUGAAAUAAUUCACCAAAGUAGUGUCUAG